GGGAGGGGCACAGGUACACUUUCAGUCAGCUUAAUCACAGUGCUGACACCAACAGGGACACAUACUAAAAUACGCACAGGGAGUGUGUGUCUUUUCUGUGAGAGCGAGAGCGGAACAGAGAGUGUAAGGGGACCAGAGAGACUUGAGUUCUGUCCGUGGAGUGGAACUUCCACUCACCAAAAGAUCCAGGAUGUUCAAGAAGAAGGAUAGUAAUACCGUGAAGGUGUCCAGCAAGACCAGCAAGUGAGUCUUUAAGGAACGAUAGCAAACUCGGUCCACCCUACCUCCUUCCUCCUUUCCUCUCCUUCUUCCUAAACUUGGAUAUGUUUCAUUUUUUUUUUGCUGUGUUGCCCUCUUUCUCAUAGAAUCCUCAGGAAUCUCCUUUGUUUGUUUCAUUCCUAACUCCUGGAUAAUGGUGUUGUAGUCAAGAAGACAAACUUUGUUCUAUGUAAAUUUCACCCUAUAGAAAAAUAUGAGUCACUUGAGCUUCCCUAAGGUUGAUAAUCAACCUUUACCUUUUGUUUUGUCUUGCACUGGGCAUAGACAGCUUGGCACCAGGAUGGUUGGUGUUUAUGUUGAGGCAAUGGAGACUGACGUUAAUGGAGAUGUAACCUAUAAGUCUAUGGGUGUUACACUGCUGAAAAGACUCCCACGAGAAAGAGAUGGGAAUGAAAAUGCUUGAAGCGUGAAUUCAUGGAAAGUGUGUUAGUUGAUCAUUGUGAUACUCAAAUAGCAGGAUGAUCGUCUUCUAGUAUCCAUGCACUAUUCCUGGACUACAUUCAAAAACUUGUCAUCGGUUUCCCUUUGCUCUUUCCUUUAAGAACACUGAUUUAGUGAAAGGACUUAGCAUGUCUCUACUUGGAAAGCUUUUAAUGGAGUCAAGGAAAGUUAACAAUUUAGGAUUAUUGGUACACAGCUCUCUACAGUUUGACAGUUCAAAUGGGUCUUAUCCACUGUGUCCUGAGCAAGAGGGAGGGAGAGAAGAAAGAGAGAGAUGGAAGGGUUAGAGACCGAGAUGAAAGAUAGAGGUGAUGACAAUUCGGAGAGCGAGAGUGAGAAGAGUGCCACUGGUUUCACCCUGCCUCAGGGUCACUGUGUGUUUGAUGGCCCUGCUGAUCAGGGCAGGGCAGAUAAGGCUUCUGUCUGUGCUGUUCAGCUGGUUUCUCCAUGGCCUAUAGGUGUUGACUCACCCUUUCGCCACGGUGGUGCAAAUGGGAUAUUUAAAGGGAAUGUCCUUGUCUGGUUGAUAGACUGCACUGUGAAGAGUACUACAGUACAACUGUUGAUGAAGCAUUUAAUCACAGUGAAAAUACUUUAGUAUAGUAGGCCUAUCUUAGUUAUGGAGGAGGGCAUUGGUGUAAAAUGUAUUUAAUGUGUUUAAGGCGCUUAAAUAGUUCACCCAGUCCGUCGCCUGUAGAAGUUGUCAUUGGAGGGAUAGUGGUGUUUGAAGGGGAGGUUUGUGAGUCAUGUAGUGCUGGUAUUUAAAGGUUAGUGACUUAUCACAUCAGUGCUGGUAUGGGUCCAUAGGGGCAGGUUGACAUGAAAACACGGAUCUACGGAUCACUGAAUCUGUCAUCUUAUGCUGCUGGUACAAGCAUAUGUCAUCUCAUUACAUCACAAUACAUGUUUUACUGUUGAUAACAACACUUUAAAUUCAAAAUGGCUCCUUAGGUUAAAAGGAACAUGGACAACAAGAUUGGGGUCAUCAAUUGUAGUCAGUUCAGCAAAUUCAUCUUCACAGUCAAAAUAGUGGACUAUUUUCGACACAUGAACUGAAUAUCACCUGAAUUGGUAAAAUGAAUUGAUCCCAACUCAGAUGAACAGUUGUAUUUUACAGCUUAUCAGGCAAUCUGAAUAGCCUGGAUUCAAAGCUGUGGAGAAGUAUUCAGCACACUUCUAACACUCUCUGGAGAUCAAUGCUCUACCUUGAGUACCCACUAGGUACCCCUGUAGCUCAGUUGGUAGAGCAUGGCGCUUGCAACGCCAGGGUUGUGGGUUCGUUUCCCACGGGGGGCCAGUAUGAAAAAUGUAUGCACUCACUAACUGUAAGUCGCUUUGGAUAAGAGCGUCUGCUAAAUGACAAAAAUGUAAAAUGUAGGUCAGCCGAGAGAGAGAGCAAUACAGACAGUCACAAAGAGGGAGUGACAGAGAGACAAACAAAUAGUUGUUAUGGAGUGUUCAGCGUUUUGGGAAUUCUCAGGUGGGGCAGUGGAAGUGAUUCACCCUCCCGUUGAUCCCAGGUCAACGGGAGGGUGGCAUACUAUUCCCUACAUAUUACACUACUUUUGACCAGAGACAUGGCCAAAAGUACUGCACUAUGAAGGGAAUAGGGUGCCUUUCGGGACUCCUGCUUGGUCUCAUUUCAAGAGUGUUGUCUUAUGUAGGGCCAGGAGUUUUUCCUGAAAAUGAAGAACUCAGUGCCCUAGUUAUAGGUUCCAGAGUUCUUCUGGUCCUAGUCGUACAGCUUCACACACAUCUACUCUGUCUGUGUCACUAUCUAUUCUUAGCCUGUGGUUUUAUAUCUAAUGAUUUUGCAUGUUAGGUUUUGUAACUGAAUAGCUUACACAAGGAUAAUGGCCUCAGUAUCCAUCUUAAAUGUUUAGCACCUCAACCUUGACCUUCAUUGGUCACUUAAAUCAAGGACAACAACUGCAGUGCUCGUAAAUGGUCCAAAACUAAAAAAUGAUUGAUAGGAUUCAGACAGAGUUUCCAUUUCCACAUUCCUCUCUCUGCCUCAUUCCUUUUUGUAUUUUGUAUCUUCUUUGCUAUUGAUCUAAAUCUUUAUUCUUUAACCUUUGCCCUCUUAACAGGCCCACAACCAACGACUUGGCCUUGGUGAUUGCGCGCAUGCAAAGUAAUUCCGACCAGGUGGAGAAAGAUAUCCUCCGGGCCGAAGAGCUACUUGCUGUGGUGAGAACACACACUCACAGUCUCUCUCUUUCUUUCUCUAGAAAUAAUAGUGUGUCCAUGGACUCAAUUCUGGCCACUAACCGUUCUCGUCUCACCUACUGUCUUCAUCCCCAUUGCCAUGUAGGACGCAGAGAGUGAGAAGAAGAACCUGCCCCUCCAGCACCAGAAAGUGGUGGCAAACAACCUGUCUGAGGCUGAGGGCCUGCUGAAUGACCUCUUCCUGGAUGUGGACAAGGCCAAGAAGUACAAACACCCCCAAGGCAGCGAGAUAGAGAGCGAGUAAGUGACCUUUUAUAGGCCCAACCCACUGUGCACAGACGUCAAUUCAACGUCUAUUCCACGUUGGCCACAGCAUUUCAAUGAAAUGACGUGGAAACAACGUUGAUUCAACCAGUGUGUUCCCAGUGGGAUAUCCCCAAGCCAUAAGACUCCUAACAGCUAAUCAAAUGGCUACCCGGACUAUUUGUAUUGUCCCACCCCCUCUUUUACGCUGCUGCUACUCUCUGUUUAUUAUCUAUGCAUAGUCACUUUAACUCCACCUACAUGUACAUAUUACCUCAAUUACCUCGACUAACCUGUGCCCCCGCACAUUGACUCUGUACCGGUACCCCCUGUAUAUAGCCUCGCUACUGUUAUUUUACUGCUGCUCUUUAAUUAUUUAAUAUUUUUUACUUAUCUAUUUUUUACUCAACACAAAAUUUUCUUAAAACUGCAUUGUUGGUUAAGGGCUUGUAAGUAAGCAUUUCACCUGUUGUAUUCGGCGCAUGUGACAAAAAAAAGGAUUUGAUAUAUCUUAUGAACACUGAUAUCAUUUGGGCUCUUCAGCUGCUUCAAAAAGAUGAGUCUUUACCAUAAAUCCAUCUUUCCCUUUAAGACAUUUGAUCAUUGGGGGAUACAGUAAAGGUCCAGCUGCAUUUAUUGACUAAAACGUGCCAGUUCCCUUUGUUAUCAUGCUCAUGCUGAACAUACUAAACGUCUUUUCCCCUCCCUCCCUCAACCUUUGGGUCAUUCCAGUGUCAAACACCUCCAUGACCGUUGGCUGAAAGACUGUGCCUUCUACCGGGACAUCUAUGAGCCUGUCAACGAUGUGGAGCUAAUGCCCAGAAUCGACUGGGCUUCAGUGCUCAAUCAGAAACAGGUAAAUUAAGUGUCCUCUUCUUCUUUGGCAACUAACUUAAGACCAAGCCUCCCUAUUGUAAACAUCCUUAUAAAAUAAUGGUUCUCAUCCCCUUGACAAACUGUUCUGUUGACCAAUCCAAGCUGAAAUGUGCAUGCAAUCCACCUUCCUUCAGUUGUACUAUAUAUUGACUGACUUGGUUAAAACAACAGUACACAACACAACAACUAACACAACAGUACACAACGUUCAGUUCAUCAUUAUCCUAAAAUACCCCAUAAGAAUGCAUACUACCACAAAGCCUCUUUAGUUUUCUUCUGAGUGUAAUUGUGUCCGUGACUGACCAUACCCUUCUGUGUGUCUGUCUCUCAGAGGGAGGUGAACACAGAAGAGUAUGGGCCCACCAUGGCUGACCUGAAGAAGCAGAUCGCUGCCCACAACAUCCUGCACAAGGAGAUCGAGGCCUACAGCUCCCAGCUCAGCACCAGCUCCACCAGCACCAAGGUAACCCCUUCAACUCUCUCAUCUCCGUGACGACUAAUUCAAGGGUUCAUGGAUUGAAUGGAUGUAUUUGAAAAUGUCUUGUAGCUAGUGAACAUGACAACAAUUCAUUUGUGUUUCAGGAGGAGUAUGCUGCCAUCAAGAAACAAUACAACAACCUUUUGGUAAGUCAUAGUUGUCAUAUGGUUACUAUGAGAUACAGAGGAGGCUGGUGGGAGGAGGUAUAGGAGGACAAGCUCAUUGUAAUGUCUGGAAUGGAAUAAAUGGAACAGAGUCAAACGUGGUUUCCAUAUGUUUGAUGUGUUUGAUACUGUUCCAUUUAUUCCAUUACAGCCAUUACAAUGAGCCCGUCCUCCUACAGCUCCUCGCACCAGCCUCCUCUUAUGAGAUCGGUGGGAUUUCACUUUCAAUCUUAAAAGUAAUUGUAACAUAUGUUCUCUUUUUGGUGUGACUCUUUACAGUUGUUAUAUAAUAUUGUUAUAUCCCCACAGGACAAUUCAAAAUGGCGGCACCACUACCUGAGCAGUCUGUAUGACUACAUGCAGGGCUGUAACAAGGAGCUGGCCUAUCUAGGAGACGAACAGGACAAGAUCCUGAAACAGGACUGGAGCGACCACAUGUUGGAUCCUCCGGAUGUCCGCAGACAGUAUGAGGUGAGAGACCAUCUUAGGGGUCAAAUAGAGUGUCAUUCGAUGUCAAUGGACUUAAUAUAACAACAAAGUAUGAAAAUGUUGCUUGAGGAGGUGCUUCAUACGUUUCUGGCAUGGAUGUACAUUUCGUUUUCCAUUACUGAAUGAGCCGUGUUCAGUGACAUCAUAUUACAUUUUUUAUCUCAAUCAGAACUUCAAGAACAACAGCCUGCUGUCCCAUGAAAGCGAAGUGAACAAACUCCAGGAUGACGGAGAUCGACUCAUUGAACUAAAGCACCCGGCCAGCACCACAAUACAGGUACAUGCCAAUAACCAAUAAAAACUUGUCUUCAAUCAAGAAUCAAUCACUCUUCCAUAGAUUAGACUUCUACAUUUAGGUCCACCAAGUUUAGAAUGUUCCUGAAAGAUAUAGAGAUUUUCCUUUACGUGAUGGCUUCAUCUUUAUACUUGUUUCAGGCUCAGAGAGAUGCUUUGCGGAAUGAAUGGCAGAAGUUCCUUAACCUGUGCAUCUGCCAAGAGACCCAUCUGGAUUACGUUGAGGAUUUCAAGAAGGUAAAUGUCACUCAGAAUACAUUUACAAGGCUUCUUAGUAUCUACAUCAGUUUAGAAUAAUAUUCAGACUUCUGUCUUUCUGGUCAGAAUGGAAAGGGUAUCUUCUGUUUGGUUUUGAACCAGAAAUGUCCCUAACCACAUUACUAUAGACAUUCAUACUGCAGCAUGAUCAGAAACCUGGAUAGGUCAAAGAUACUGUAUGUGAAAAAGAUGCCAUGUUCUGAUGUUUUGUCUGUCUGUGUCCCUGUUCAGUACCAACUAGAUGUGGAGACACUAUCGGAGUCUCUGAGUGAACUCAACUCUAGCCUGAAGAAAGUGGAAGGUAUAACUGGGAGGAGCGGCUCAGCGAUGACUCUGCAACUGGAGGUAAGAUAAGAUAUCGUUUAUUAGUCCAUACUAGAUGGACAUUUGUCUUCUACUGUUUUCCCAACCCCGCCGAUACACACACACACACAUACACAAAUAUAGGUAAUGCCAGGAUUUUAACACUGAUAAUCUAUUGUACAUCUGGAUGCAAUUCCAGUCUCAUUGACGCUUCGGUGUUAACUUGCGCAGUAAACUUUCAACACACCCAUGAAUCAUAAAGAUGCUACAUUGCAUUUCAUAUUGUAAAAAAUUAAAUAAAACUCAUGCUUUUACCUCUGCAUAUUUAUUAUCAAUAAAAAAUAAAAUAAAACAUUUUCAAGACCAUAAUUUUUUCUAAAAUGUCAAUUUUGGGGCUUUAACAAUAGAUAAAUAAAUGGUAGUCUGUGUGUUAACACUUCACUUCUAAAGACAUUAUAUUUCUUUCACACAUUAUCCAACGUUAUCAUGACAUUACCCUACUACAUUAUGUAAAUAAUGUGAAGAAAAAUUGUUAUGCCGAAAUGCAACGCAGGUGGUCCUAAUUCCCCAAUUUCACCCCCCCGCCCCUCUCUGUCACUCUCUCUUUCUCUUUCUUUCUCCAUCUCUCUCUCUCAGGCAGAGGAGAGCACGGUGCAACGUAACGAGCAGCUCCUGGCUGACCUGAGGAAGAGGAGCACCACCAUCGCCCCCCUCAAGCUGCGCCGCUACCCGCCCACCAGGUCCACCACCGUGGAGUCCCUCUGUGACUGGAAGACUGAGAAGGUAUGACCAGCUGCUCUGACCUCUCACCUUUUAACUUUGACCCUGUCCUGGAGCCUCCACCACAGGUUACGGUAUAAAGUCAAAGCGGGUUCGAAACCUCUGUAGAAUCUUUGAUGAAGUUACUGAGCAAGGACGUGACUGCUAGAAUAGAAUAGAAUGCUCUACCACUGCACUGAGAGGUGUGUCAAGGCAUGUAACGUAAUGUAGGCCCAUGUAAACAUCACAAAACCAAACAUUACUUUGACUAGGGAACUCACUAAAUUAAAUUAAAGUUCCUAGAUACCUCAGUAUUGGGCAUUGUGUUUGAAAGAUGGAAAGGAAUAUUUACAUGUGAUCCAUUCUGAGGAAAGUUCUCUCUUUGUGUUCUUUUAGGCUGAACUCACUCGAGGGGACAAGUUCACCCUCAAGUCGAAUUCAGACGUUGAGAACUGGGACGUAUUGAACAGCAGUGGGGCAACCAAAAGCUUUCCAGGGGUCUGCUUCCUGAUCCCACCACCUGACCCAGAGGCCAUUGCCACCGUAGACCUGUAAGCAACAGGAGAAUAUGUCAUUUAUGUCAAUUAUAUGACAUGCAUAUGGACAACAAUAUGUCAAUUUUGUGGUUUUUGUGCAUGUGUGUAUGUGCGCACAGACAUGGUGAUGUGCUUGACGACAUCAAGAAGAGGAGGGCUGUUUAUUUAGGCACAAUGAAGGACAAGAUCCGUUGUGUCGAAGAGAGACCUGUAUACACAGGUGAGAAAAAUGUGCUCUAUUAAUCCCAAUACCCUCAAAACAAAGCCUUCCAAAUAACUCUGAAACUGCUACUGUUACUGUUAUGAUCAUUAACUGUAAAUAAGGAGAAAUGGCUUCUCUAACUUUUGAUUCAAUUCAUCACAUCAUGUAAACCCCAAGCCAAAGUGUAUUUAUGGGACAUUAACUAAGGCUGCAGCUAAAAUGGCACCCUAUUCCCUACAUAGUGCACUACUUUUGACCAGAACCAAAAAGGCACCCUAUUCCAUAUACUGUAUAACGCAUUACUUUUGAUUAGGCCAGAUUAUCAUUGCCCUGUGCUCCCCACAUAGCCCCUCCGUCCAACCCUAAAGCUAAAGCCGUGGCUGGUCAGCUGGAUAAGCUGGAUGAGGACCUGGUCAAAGCCAAGCAGGACAUGCUGAGCCGUCUGAGGGCCCCGCUGGACCGCAGUGACCCCACCACCGACCUGGCCAAGAGGCUGAAGGAGCAAGAGGUGAGAGAGAAAGUCUUGUUUUUAACUUUAUUGAGACAGAUACAAGUGGAAACGAGCAGGGAGAAAGAGAAUAGCGGUGGAGCCGGGAUUCGUACCCACGCUGGGGGGUGAUAUGUGUUGCAGGCCACAUUACCCACUAGACCAGCCUCAGGCACAGUCUAAGGGGACAUCCGAAAUGGCACCCUAUUCCACUACUUUUGAUAGAUAGAACGCAUGUCUACCAGCCAUUGUAACUGUACAAUAUAUCUUCAUGCUGGUAAACUAGCUAAAUCUGAAUAAUUUUAGAUUGACAUUGAUGGAUUCGCGCCUCCUAAAGAUGAUGAGGACAACGAUGAUGAGUCUAAUGACUAUGGCGAUGAUGAUGAUGGUUAUGAUAUUGUUGGUGAGGAUGGUACUGAUCCUAAUGAUACAGUGGUUGUAUCUCUUUUAGAAAGCCGCAGAUGCUCUGGCGGCUAUGGAGCAGCCAAAGUUGGAGAAGGACGCCUCCAAGGCCUUGCAGCCAAACUUCAAGCUACCAAGGACAAGCAAGAUGGCAUCGCAGCCCUGGCCGACCUAUUUAACAAGAAGUACGACCAUUUUACAAACAUACAUUAUCACCGAUCACCUGUCUUAGCGAUAUGAUAUUAUCAGAAAAUAGAACAAACAACAAAUCUUGCUGUUUAAAAAAAAUAAAUGUUUAUGACAUUUCUUCUAUAGGGCUAAUGCAUCUCUGAACCUGGAGAAGCAGAUCAAGAAAGUGGACGGCAUCGUCUCUGGCUUUGAGGAAAAGCUGAAUAAGGAUGGCCCUAUCCCAGAUGCCCCCGAUGCUAUUCAGGCCCGCACCCAGGAGAUCCAGGUUGGUGGGACAUUACCAGUGCACCCUAUUCCCUAUAUAGUGAAAUACUUUUGACCAGGGCCCAUUGCCUACACUGCCUUGGAUUAGCCAUUGGACACACCUCAACUUUCUUAAGAGAACCAAAUAGAUUCUACAGUAUCCUUGAACAAAUUGGACCAGAGAAUACCCUAGUAGUUGACUUAAAGUAAUAAAGGACUAUGUCAUUUGACUGCACAUUUCAGUCAUCCCUUGUAAUUUAGCUAAAUGCACACCACCAGGACACAUAUUCAUCAUAUCUGUUCUCUACAGAGUCUGCGUAAGGACGUGGCAGGCUCUCAGGAUGAACUGAAGAAGCUGGGCCAGGAACCUGGAGACCAGCCAGCAGCUGUGUAGUUCCCUGCAGCAGGGCUACCAGGAGUACUGCCCAGACAUCCAUCGGCCAGGGGACCCAGGUCAAACAACUACAGAACCGCUACUCUAAUGUCAACAACCAGCUGAAGGAGAGGUGAGCCCAGGGCCACUUUGUCUGUUAGCUAAUGUUGACUACACACACCAUGUCUGCAAAUAUAUGGUAUCAAAAUAGUCCAUUAGUUUGCUCGAACGUCAGAUGAACAGAAUACUUGUUUUCAGUUUGUCGUCAUGAAAGUGUUUUUCAUUGCGUUUUUCUAUCGUCUCAGAGAGGGCCUCUUGCAAGAGGCUGCAGGCAAGAACCAGGAAUUCCAGAACACAAGCAAAUCUCUGAACUACUUCCUGAAAAAUCUGCCCGACAACAAGAUCAGCCCCAGCGAUGACCUAUCACAGGUCAACUCCAAGCAGACCUCCCAGAAGGUCAGUUUGUUUGUGUGUCAAGAAGCUCUGAAAUUGUUGGCGAUAUUCUUUAAAUAUCAUUGUAAGACACAUAUUUAGCAAUCAAGUUUAAUUUUGUAAUUGUUUAUUCCCCCCCAACCUACCUACACCUUUAUUGCAGAGGGUGGUGGAUGACAUCAAGAGGAAGGGAGACGACCUGGACAGAGUGGUUGACCUUUCCCAAGAUUUGCAGAAUAUCCUCAAUGUAAGACUCUGAUUAAGUUACAUUAUCCUACUGCAUCAUGAUAAACCUUUUAUUUGUGUAACAGAUAUUUUUAAAUAUUUGGAUAUUGAAUAAUAACAUCUUAAUUUCAACUGCUUGUGCAGGAAUAUGAGGUCAACACUGACAAAUACAGCAGCACCCUUGAUAAUGUGGGAGCCAAAGAUGCCAAAAAACCUCACACCUCCACCCUUGCUGAUACUGUGCAGAACCAGGUAAUGCAUAAAGAAUGGAAGUCAGUAGACACAAAUUACAUUAAUGUUCAUCCACUUCUAUGCAGACCAAUGUAGGGCGCAUCAUGUUUUCCUGCAUGUUUUCUUGAGCACUGUGAGCUGAAGGCUUCUUUGUGUAUUACAGGAAAAGGCUUUGGUGAACCACUAUGCUAAAACGUCAGCUGAGAAUGACCAGCUGCUCAGUCAGAUGGGCUUUGCUAAGAACCUCAUCGCUCAGGUGAGUUGGAAAAUCUAGCUGCACAUAACUUAUUUCCCGCUGCCAAGUUUGAUCAAUUGAAUGUGUUUAGGAUACAGACAAAAAAAUGAUGAAAAGGUUUAAGUAUUUUCCCUGAAAUUGCUUUUAAAACCUAUGCUUUUUUGUUUACUUUUUGCAGAAACAUGAGAAACAAUCCAUAGAACCAACCAUAAAACCAACCAUAAACAUAAAGAGCCUGCAGCAAGAGUUGAGUGCGGAACACGAUAGACGCAGCCGUGCUGAGACUGACGUGGAAACAUUCAAGACCAGGAUGCUAUCUCUGAAGAGCCGUAAAGGGAUGUAUCGAGUUGAGGAGAAGGAGGUGCUCGAGUACUACCGCGACCCUAAACUGGAAACCGACCUAAAAGAUCUGGAGGACCAAAUCCACAAAGAGGCCUUGAAGCGCAGCCGUACCCAGGGUGAGAUCGAGGGUGUGAAAAGCAAAAUCGCCACUGUUGGGGGCGACCUUAAGUGCAUCAAGCCCAAACUGGUGACUAGAGAGGUGACUGAGUUUGAGAGAGAUCCUCAGUUGGAUGUAGAAGCCUCCAAGUUAAAAGAUGAGAUCGGCAAGAUAAAGGAUGAGGUUCGAGUAAAAGAGGGAGAAGUAAUUCAACAGAAGACAGAGGUCACCAUUCUGAAUGCUACAAGACCCAACAUCAGGGAGAAGGUUAUGAAAAAGGAGGUGAUUCGAUUGGAGAAGGAUCCAGAGAUGCUAAAGGCUGUUAAAACGUUUGAGAAGGAAAUCGCAGAUGAAGGCAACAAGAGCAAGACUCUGAAUGACGAGAUCUUCCAAACGAGGAGCCAGAUCAAUGCAUUGGAGAGGAUCAUUCCCACCAUUCAGCCCAAGGUGGUCACCAGGGAGGUGAAGAAAGUCGAACAGGACCCUGAGCUCAUCAAUGAAUCCAAGAGGCUUCGAUCAGGCCUAGAGGAAGAGAAAAUUGAGACAGACUCUCUGGUCAGGGAGGUCUCUCAGCUCAAAAGUCGCUAUAGCGAGGUGGGGCAGUGGAAGUCCAAGGUCGAGCUCAAGGAAAUCGUCAAUGAGAUCUACCGCAUAGAUCCACAAACAGAGUUGGAGAUAAUGCGUCUGAAGAAAGAUGUUCAAGACUUGAACAAGCAGCGUUCUGACUUACAGGAUCAGAUCACUCUGGUCAUGGUCGAUCUGGAAGCCCUGCGUUCCAAGAAGCCAAAGGUGGAGCUGAAGGAAGUCAUCCAAGACGUGGUGAAAGAGGAGAGGAGCCCUGAGAACGAAAGAGAGAUACAGAGGCUCAAUGAUCAGGUGAACCAUCUGCACCGUACUUACAAUAAUGUAGAGGACCAGAUUAACCUCCUGAGAAAAGAGAGGGACGAGUGGAAAGCAGAAAAAUCCAAGGUGGAGACAAAGCUUAUGACCAAAGAUGUCUUCAAGUAUGAGGAUGAUCCGCUCUUGGAGAAGGAGGCAGAUCGGCUGAGGAAGGAGGUACGCGAAGAGCAACAGCGUCGCCGUACCACUGAGGAGAUGGUGUUCGACCUGCAAAACAAGUACAUCCUGCUGGAGAGACAAAAGCCAGAGGAGAAAGUGGUGGUGCAGGAGGUGGUGCGUCUACAGAAGGACCCCAAGCAGAUAGUUGAGCAUGAUAAGCUUGGCAGGAGCCUGGAUGAGGAGGUUAAGUCUCGCCGGCAGCUAGAGCUUGAGAUGCAAAAACUUAAAACCUUAGUGGAGGAGAAGGAGAGCAUCCUAAAGCAGAGUGAUGAACAUCAGAAGAAGAUUAAAGUGGAGUCUGAACUGAAACAGAUCAAACUGCGCAUCAAAGAGCUGGAGAAUGCCCCACCGCCCGUCGAGGAGAGUAUCGUUGUCGAGGAAGUCCUGAAAGUUGAGAGAGACCCCAAACUGGAGAGGAUGACCAACAGUCUUCGCUCAGACAUGGACAAGGAAACCAAUGAUGUCCUGCAUAUUCAGAGAAACAUCAGGAACACCAAAUGUCAAGCUUGAGCUCCUUCAGCGAGAGAAGGCCAUAGAGAAGACAGUGUACAAAGAGGUGAUCCGGGUGGAGAAAGACCAGGCUGUAGAAGCAGAGAGAUACCGCCUGAAGAGCCUGGUGUCUCAGGAGAAACAUGCCAGGCAGGACCUGGAGGAAAAAAUCGAACAACUCUCUGACAAACUCAACCGACUGAAUGGCACUCAGUCGAGCACUUCUCGGGAAGAGACAAGUCUCAUUCUGGCCAGGGACACCUUGCAGAGGGAGAAAGACAACCUCACCCGGGAGCUGAAGAAGUUGGAGUCUGAAAGGCAGGACAUCAGCUUAUCGUUCCAGCAGCAAACCAAGCUGAUGAGCGAGAGAAGCCAGAUCAACAGGCAAAAGAGCGUCAAGAUGGAGUCUGACGUGCAGCGCCUGGAAAGGGAGAUACUGGACGAGAAAGACACCAUCCACCAGAAAGACAACACCAUCAGGGAACUCCAGAGGGACAAGGAGAAGGAAGACCAUACAGAGACCCGGAAAAAGGGAGACCAACGUCUCCACUAAAAUCACCAUCUUGGACCCUGAUACCGGCAAAGAACUAUCGCCAUAUGAAGCCUACCUGCAGGGACUGAUCGACCGUACCCAGUACAUGCAUCUGCAAGAGUUGGAGUGCGAUUGGGAGGAAAUUAACUUCCAUGGGACCUGAUGGGGAGACCUCUGUGCUGCAGGAUCGCAAGAGUGGCAAGCAGUACUCCAUCAAAAAUGCCUUGAGAGAUGGCAAACUGACCCAGUAUGAUCUGCAAAAAUACAAGGAUGGGAAAAUGCCCAUUUCAGAGUUUGCCCUGCUUGUCGCAGGUGAAAAAGAAAAACAGCCCAAGUUCAACUCAAUCACAUCAAAGACAGCAUCCUCGCUAAAGUCGUCCCCUACUAGCAGCGCCCCUGUUCCUGCCCUUGCCCCUAAGGAAAUAUAUCCUAUCGCUGGUGUAAUUGACACAAACACAGACACAUGCUUCUCCAUACGCAGUGCAGUGGCCCGCAAGAUGAUCGAAAGUGGCACGGCACAAAAGCUGUUGGAAGCACAGGCUGCUACUGGGGGCAUCGUUGACAUCAGCAACAAGGAGAGAUACUCAGUCCACAAUGCAGCCGAGAGGGGCCUCAUCGAUUCGAGCCAACUGCAGAGGCUACUCAACGCCCAGAAAGCCUACACUGGCGUGGAGGACCCCAUGACCAGAGAACGCCUGUCGGUGGGAGAGGCCGUCCUGAAAGGUUGGAUGCCCAAAGAAACUGCCCUGCGUUACAUGGAGGUGCAGCACCUGACAGGAGGGCUAGUCAAUCCCAACAACACGGACCGUGUUGGCAUACAGGAGGCCAUUGGAGCCAAGAUGAUUGACAGCACCAUGAUGAGAGAGCUUCUGGCCGAGUACAACUACGCCAAGGAAAUCGUCGACCCCACAACAAACGAUAAAAUCAACUACAAGCAAGCGAUGGCCCGCUGCAAGACAGAUCCUCUGUCUGGCCUGCUGAUGCUACCUGCUUCCUCCAAAGUGUCUGACAGCAGCUACACCCCUACAUACAAUUCUCAUCGAUUCUCUUCUAGAUAA